CCGCGUAUUACUUGGCCUACAGUUCGCCAUCCGGACAACGCGCAAUUAUUGAAGUUUUCGUCUUCAAGUGUAUACUUAUAAGUUACAACACAGCAGAUACACUCGCAACAAGAUGCGCCGUACGACCUCCGUGGUGCUCUUACUGGCCGCUGCGUUCGCGGUUCCAUCCAGGGCGGCUUUCAUCAGAACCGGCGGAAUAGAAUUGCCGACUUACACUGAUCCGUGCAAAAGAAACGACAAAAACUUCAGUGGCUGUCUAAAGAACACACUGCAAUAUUUGAUCCCAAAGUUCAGCAAAGAGGGAAUACCGCAAUUGAACAUCUCUUCGUUGGACCCGUAUUACAUGGAUGAGUACCUGAUGCAUUUUGAUUCCGAACAGCUCGAAGGAAAAUGUCUGUUCAAGAACGUUUACAAUCACGGUUUGGGUUCAAUCAAAAUCGUCGACGUCAGGGCUCUGGUGGAAGACCCGCGGCGAUUGGAACUGGAAAUCGACUUCGAACUUCCCAGAGUGAUUUCCACAGGAAAAUUCAAGGGCGAAGGCAAAAUCGGCCAGAUCCCAAUCAUGGGCAAAGGCGUUUUUAACGUGUCUUCUUACGACGUCGCAGGAUCGUGGAUACUUAAAGGCGACACGGUGGAAUUGAACGGCCAACGUCACAUGCGCAUCAAGGACGUAGGUAUGAAAUUAUCCAUUGGUGACAUGAAGAUCUACGCCACCAAUUUGAUCAACGGAAGCCCAGAAUUGAGUCAAAUGGCUUUGACGUUUGUCAACCAGUUCUGGCGAGUCAUAUUCCAAGUGAUGUUGCCAUACGCCGAAGAGGCUUUUGAGAAAAUCAGUAGGCCCGUCAUCAAUCAAGUGUUCCUGGAGGUCCCAUACGAUCAACUGUUCCCACCCAGUCGUAAAUGAUCUAACCCUCCCAUCUCUCCCUAAAACCUCAAUCUCGUAGCCUUAGAUUUUUUUUUAAAUUUUUAUUUCGUUUAAGUAUAACUAUAUGUAUUUUGGAGCGAUAUCUGUUUUAACACAUUCCCACUAGGUAUGUUAUAAUAUUAAACUAACUAUGUAAAUUGGGACUAACGUGUUUAGAUCCGACAAAAAUGUUAUUUAUAAUUUUUAUUUUAUUAAAAUUAAUUUUAACGUUGUUUA